GAAUCUACACACAUAUUUCAUAAACUCUUUUGUUUCUCGCACUGGAAAAUUUUCCCAGACAAUGGCAAAGGUUUGGUCUCGUAGGUUCUGUAGAGCUUAUUCCUCCAUCUUCAAGACCUUAAUUCACAACCCCCUCCAUAUCAGGCCGGUUUUUCCGACGCAAGAUUCAAUUUUUUGUCCAGCCAAACAUUUGUUUAAUCCCAGCCUUCCAAGCCCUGUGUGGGUUUUCAGAAACUUGAGCCACGGUUCUGUGAAUCUUGUCAUAUCGCAAGGGAAACUCAAGUUCGAAACGCACGAAGUGGAGCCUCCGAAGAAGGAAAAAUGGAAGACGAAGAAGAAGUUGAAGCUGCAAAGAAAGCGAGAAAAACAGGUGAGAAAAUCGGCUAAUAAAAGAGACCCUCGUAGGCUUGGCGUGAAGGGUAAGAAAAAUCAGAAGUUCGCCAAUGCCGAAGAGAGGAUCAAGUACAAGCUUGAGAAGGCUAAAAUUAAGGAAACUUUGUUGAUUGAAAGACUUGAGCGAUAUGAGGUUCCAAAAGUCCAAGGUCCUGUUGUUGAACCAAUCACCUUGACAGGAGAGGAACGUUUUUUUAUGAAGAAAAUGGCCCAAAAAAGGUCUAAUUAUGUGCCCAUUGGGAGAAGAGGCAUUUUUGGAGGUGUUAUUCUUAAUAUGCAUAUGCAUUGGAAAAAACAUGAAACUGUAAAGGUCAUCUGCAAUUCCUCUAAGCCUGGCCAAGUACACGAGUAUGCACAAGAAAUUGCCAGAUUGAGUGGUGGGAUUCCAAUUCAGAUAAUUGGAAAUGACACCAUAAUAUUUUAUCGAGGAAAGGACUAUGUGCAGCCGGAGGUUAUGUUGCCUAUAGAUACACUGUCCAAGAAGCGGGCUUUGGAAAGGUCCAAGUAUGAGCAAUCACUUGAGUCCGUGCGACGAUUCAUUGCCAUUGGAGAGAAGGAACUGGAGCUAUAUUACAGGCACAUUGCACUUUAUGGUGAUCCAAAUGAUAGGAAUCCUAUUUCAGUUUUGGACGGUCCAAGAAAAGACACAGAGAAGCCUAACGAAUUUGGAAAAGAAAAGAAUGAUUGCUUUUCCACAGGUCUAAAUCUAAUAGAAAUGGAAGCUAAUUCCAUGGAAUCUAAUCUCUCCAGAAUGGAUGGUGAUGGUUUUGAAAGUGAAGGGUUAUCCCCACUUGAAUCAGAUUCUGAUUCCAUUUCUUAUUCUGAUGAUGAAGAACGAUGUUCUAGGACGUAAGAGAGCUCCACAAGGACAGUCCAAUCAUCAACUUCAGAUUUUGACAAUCAGGAGACGGGUUAUGCUAAA